UUCACUUCUUUUUUUCCUUUUAAUUCAAAAAGUAAUACACUUAUGUUACUACUACUCAUUAUAAAUACACCAUAUGUUAUAAAUUGCUACCCAAACUAACAUGAAUCUUCCUUAUUACAACUUCAUCUUUCUCCUACAUUCCCUCUUCAUUUUCUCCCUGCAAAAAGAAAACAAAAAAAAAACAGACUCACCAUUUCUUAAGUAAUAAAAUAACAUCCACUAUAUAUAGCACCAAAAAAUAAAAAAUAAAAAAUAGAUCAUCUACUACUAUAUUAUACACACACUAUGUGAAUUUAUAUAUAUAUAGGAAAAAAAAACAUAAAGCCAAUGAACCAGUCAAGAAUCUGAUUUCUUCAAGAAUAUAACAUAUAUAUAGCAAGCUCCAUCUUCAUCCUCAUCCAACACAAAAUACAGUACUACCCCUCCCCCCCCCCCACCCACAACCCCAACCCACCACCACCCACCUCCAUGUAGUGUUGUUCAUGUGCUGAAAUUUUUCAGAAUACUGAACCAGCCAACCAAACAAACCCCUAGUCUUCUUGUCACUCCGUCCUUCGAGACAUAUUCAUCUGUUGUCCAUCGAGUCAUGCUUUCUGUAUGUUAUUGUACAUAAUAAUAAUUAGUUGCAUCAGUAGUAGCAGCUGGAGUAGUAGUAUCCAACUCUUAUUUCUUCUUAUCUAAGCUCCACACGCAUCAUUAUUUUCCUUAUGAGAAGAUUAUUAGUCUCAUUCGUAUCGAAUCCUCCUCAUUGUCCUCAUCUCCAUUACUCCGAGAAUCGUAAUAACUUCAAAUUCCUUCCAAAUCCCAAAUGUCCUCGUCUAUAUUCCUCGUACUCUUCAAAAAUAUCGUACACUAUUUCUGGAAGAACCGAGAUACAUCCAACCAACAUAGGUGUUCGUCUAUAUUGCUCGUACUCUUCAGAAAUGUUGUCACACCCAUUUCUUAGAGGACGCGAGACACAUCAUUCAACCAGCAUAGGGUCAUACUCUUCAAAAAUGUUUUCACAUUCAUAUCACAUCUUCCGAAAAGACACCUUUCAUGGAGGAUCCCACAGGCAGCCGUCAAGUCGGAGUAACAUAGCUAUGGCAACAAGCAUCACAUCCUCAACGAAAAAAAUCGUUGUAGUAAUGGGAGCUACAGGUUCAGGAAAAUCAAAACUCUCUAUCGACCUCGCCACUCGUUAUUUUCCAGCAGAAAUCAUCAACUCCGACAAAAUCCAAGUUUCCAAAGGCCUUAAUAUUACCACCAACAAAAUCCCAUUGUCUGAACGCCGUGGCGUUGUGCAUCAUUUACUCGGGGAGUACUCCGGGCCCGAGUUAAUUUCCCCUUUAGAUUUCCGGUUCAAUGCUGAUACCAGAAUCUCGGAGAUAACUAAUCGCGGGAAAAUACCAUUCGUUGUUGGAGGUUCAAAUUCAUUUAUAUAUGCUCUGAUAUCAAACCGGUUCGAACCGGGUGUGGACUUUUUCGAUAAGGUUCAUCCUGUUCAAUGUGUAUUGUCGGAGCUUCGAUAUAAUUGUUGCUUCGUUUGGAUUGAUGUUUCACGUCAUGUUCUGCAUGAGUACCUCGAUAAACGUGUCGAUGAAAUGAUGUGCUCAGGAAUGUACGAAGAACUGGAAAAGUUCUUCGUACAGAACGGGUUCUCUGGUUCAUGUACAAACCAGAGAACCGGGUUGAGAAAGGCAAUAGGGGUACCAGAAAUGGAAGGGUAUUUUAGGAAAUUAAAAUUUUGUAAGACAGCACAAGAACAACGAAAGAUAUACGAGGAAGCUGUAAGAGAAAUAAAGGAGAACACGUGGCAGUUGGCGGAGAAACAGGUGUGGAAGAUCCAACGGUUGAGAGAAAGUGGGUGGGACCUACAAAGAAUAGAUGCCACGUCAGCAUUCCGAUCGGCAAUGUCGCCGGAAAAUGAUGAGAUUCCGGCGAGGGCAAUUUGGGAAAAUGAAGUUGUGUUACCAAGCAUGAAGAUUGUGAAACAUUUUUUGUUGGAGUAGGUUUUCCAGCUAAUUCCACCUCUUUAAAAAUUUCUUAUAUCUCUCUCUUUUUUUUUUGUUAUAAAAAGUUUUUGGAAAAAAAUUCCCAAAAAUUAUUUUUUUUCUUUUUUAAAUUUUAUGGUGAGAAAAAUAAUAUGAAAUGAGGCUGACAA